CUGCAUGGCAUGUCGGAAAUUAAUUGACCAAAACCGCACCUUGGCGGUGCGGUUUGUGUGGCAAAACCGCACCUUGGGGAUGCGGUUUCGUUUUGGAGAAACAAACCGCCUCUCCAUAAUGCGUUUUCGCUAGGUCAGGCCAAAACCGCACCUCGGCCACGCGGUUUCUGUAGGUCAUACCUGAAACCGCUUGGCCAAGAUGCGGUUUUGGUCCAGAAUUAUAAAACGCACCUCUAAGGUGCAGUCCAUAAAAAAGGGUGCUAUUAGUGUAAAUUUUUUCGGCUGGGUGCUAUUUUUAAAAAAAAAAAUUAAAAAGUGCGGAAAAAUCCCUGAAAAUCCCUCCCGUAAACUACAGUUUUGUAAUGAUGAAUAAUAAUCACGACUGGAUUUCGCUUCCCUGAAUUUGAUUUUUUCUUCUAAGUAAUGCCCUAAUUGCAAACUUAAUUCGUUUACCAAGAUGGUUGGUUUGCAUAGAUGGUGGAACAGAGGAAAUUCCAUGAAAAGUUGAACUACUUGGUCAAUAAUCCAAAUUUAGGUUGUUAUUCCUCUUUGCCUUUGCCAUGCUUUGCGAGAGAGAUGGUUUCUGUUUCAUCUUCUCCCGCUCGCUCUUCAUAAAGUGCAAAGCUUUCCCUUGGUUAGUUGGAUUUAGGGUUUGCUGGAUCAGAAGUGAAGUUACAUUCGCUACUUGGGUUUGCUGUUAGUUUCUCUUUUUGUGGUUCUGGUUAGAACGGAAAAUAAUGUAUGCUAGAGCUGGUUUAGAGCGAUUCAAGAAAGCUCAAUCCUCCCAAACUCACCAAAGCUCAGACCUUGGAUUGUUUUACAUACGGUCCCAAUCUCAAACGCUUUGGAUUUAUACGGUCCGGUAUCGGGUUAAACUGGAAAACCCGGACCAAAUAGCCAGCGCUAACUAAAAGGAGUCAGAUGAUCCUUGCUUUCCAAGUAAUUGGCAGCGUAAUUGUCUUCUCUAUACGAAUGGGAAACUUUAACCUCCCAAUCAAAAUAAAAAUAAAAACUUUCCAAUGCGUGCCACAAUGACACCAUAUCGAUGGUCUUUGUCCUGGUGGUUCUUCAUGAUACUAAAUCCAGUAGAUGAAGCUUGAGCUCAACCUUGCGGAAUCCUUGCUCCCAAGUCCUUUGAAGGCCAACUUCAACUCCUUUAAAUUCAGCCAUGGUAAUCGUACAGUUCCCCAAGUUGCAGACAAAAGCAUCCAGGCAUCUUCCGAGAAAGAAAGGGAAUCUUAUCUUGAGAGGAGAACUAACUCCCAAAUAAACCCUGUUUUCCGAAACCAGAAAGCGAAAACAGAAAAGAAGCCUAUACUAUAAAUAAACAUAUAGAGUAGAAAGAUGAUCGAUCUCUACUGCGCGAAUCUCCCUCCUACGUAGAAUAAACGAUGAAGAAAGCGGGGGCGUUGCUCAUCAUCGGCCAACACGUCCUGUUGAGAAUCCUGGAUGAGUACUACAUUAACAAGUUGGGGUUCUUCACAAGACUACUCAUCUUCGUAUGUUCAAUGCAACUCGUGCUGCUCUUCUUUUUCUGUCUGUCUAUAAUGACGUUCCUGCUCCUCAAGAAGAAGCAGAACGAAGUCAUCCGCCUGCUUGAUGAUUCAGCAAUCAAGAACAGAAUCCUCGAGCUGAAGGAGGAGGACUCCUUCUACGCGGGUCGGAUCGGUCCUGCUGGGCUAGUUCGCAUGGUGAAGAGGAUGUGGGCACCACACAUUAUGCUGUUUUUGCUCUGUUACAUCGUCCUCAAGUUCUGGAAAAACCUGUUCGACCAUUUUGACAAUUUGACGGAGGGGGGGCUGAGAGACCUCAUCCUUCGAUGCGCGAAAGCAUGCCUUCCCACGUCCUGGUUUUCUCUGUGUAGAGAGACAUUCCAGCUCGUCAAGCAGAAGCGGGAUCAAGUUAACCGUCUUCUCGAUGAUCCAGUUAUCAGAGACAGAGUGCUCGAGUUGAAGGACAAGGACGACGGAUACUUCGCGUAUUUGAUGGAGCCUAUGAUGCCGUCUACAAUGCUUUUGUUGCAAAUUUCACUAUCAUUCUUAUUUUAAUUUGUCGUUGGGACUUCCCAUUUAAUUAGCUACGUGUUUUGGUGAUUGUUUAGAAUAUCAUUCAUUUACUAUAUCUUAGCAAGUUUCUUUAGGAGCAAGUCUGAUCGAGUCCCCGUCGAAUUGGGGAGGGAUUAGAUUUUUCAGGUUCAGUUAUAACUAUGUAUCUU